AUGCGGCGGCCGCUCCUGCGGACAGGGCCGGUGGACCGUAGCACGGAAGGAACCGUUGGAUUGCCCUUUCCCGAGGGCGCUCGCGAGCUACUGACUGCUGAAUACGGCUGCGGCGUCGCCUGCAACUAUUGCUCAGGCCCCGGACUAACGGAUUCUGCGAACUCCGGCGGCUGCGUAGUAACUGCAGGCGCUGCCGCCUUCCUAUUCAGCAGUCAGAGCUGCGAGGGCCGUAGCGAGAGGGAGUUCCAGUGGCUCCCUCCGUGCUUCGGUUUGCUGGGCCUGUCCGCAGGAGCGGCCCGGCGUAGACCAGAUGUUGGAGCUGCGCUGUGCUCGGCUGCGCCUUCCUCCCGGCGCGCUUGCCCUGGCGGCACCGACCUCGCUCCCCAACCUCUGAUCUCCUUUUCGCGCCCGCUGGGCCCCCGGCGCGGCUUUCGCCCCUUCUCGGCUCUUCCGCGGUGGGCGGAGGGCGGCGAUCGACUCAGACUUGGAGCCGCCGCCCGGCCGGACUUGAGCCAGUCCAGCUCUGCCACCUCCAGCCUGGCGCCGUCGGGCGGCGCAACUAGGAACCCCGAUGCCGCCGCGUGCCUGCCUUCGGCCUCGGCGGUCGCUGAGGGGCAGUCGCCCAAGAACAGUUCGUCCCUCCGCAGCGCGUGGGGGCAACCUGUCCCACGCCGACCGUAUCGCCAAGGCCAUCGAGAGCACGGGCGCGCAGCAGCUUACGCUGCCGCAGAUCUACGGUGGUUGGUCAAGAGCGGGCCUUACUUAAGGGAUGAAGGCGACAGCGACAGCUCUGCGGGCCGGAAGGUGGUCAUGAUAGAAGAGACAGACAUGAAUGAUGUGCAAGCAAUUGGCUGGAUUGGGGAACAGUUAAACAGGAGGGACAUGAAGAAAUAAGUAAUAUCUUAAGGAUAAAGGACACCAGCAGGGACAUAAAAUGUGAGAAAGAUGAAGACAAGAAUGAAGCCUAUGUUACCGGAUUGGAAUUGGAUACACUGGUGUAAGCUUCUGCUGCUAAGCUUACAUUUGGAGAUGAAUAAACAUAGAAAUAGAUACAGGAUA